GGUUCUUGCCAUAGUUUUCUACUCUGAGGACAAAACAAAAAAGAUCUCUCAGUAUCAUAUUACAGUCACCAUCGGAAAACAGUGAUUUUGGGAAAUGCAGUGCUUUGUGUGCCUGGCGCUGGUGUGUGUGGUGAUCGUCCUACCGUCUGGGCUUAGUCAGGACUCCUGCAGGGUUCAGGAUGGCAAACCAGGGGACAAAGGAAUCCCUGGCAGGGAGGGCUUACCUGGACAGAAGGGAGAGAAGGGAGAGCCUAGUCAUUUUGAUGGGGAAGGAAUGGUGCGUGGGCCAAAGGGGGACCAGGGCAGCAAAGGAGAGCCGGGGGAGAUCGGCACGAAGGGGUACACCGGCGACCUGGGGUCACAGGGCCCCCCCGGACUACCCGGCCCCAAAGGGUCCAACAGCGGAGGCUCUGGCAUCCCGCAAAACGAGCGGUCAGGAUUCUCGUUGUCUCUGACCGUAGAUGACCUUCCGUCCAUCAACAGGCCCCUGAAGUUUAACACCAUUAACGUAAACAUCAAUGAAGACUUUGACACCACUGAGGGCAAAUUCACUUGCAAGAUUCCAGGCAUCUACUACUUUGUGUUUCAUGCUAUGUCUGCACAAAACAUUUGCGUGAAGCUGAAGAGCGACACACUUUCUGACCCGCUGAGCUUCUGUGACUACAACACCAGGCAGAUCAAACAGGUCAUCUCUGGUGGCACAGUGCUGAAGUUGUCUGCAGGUCAGAAAGUGUGGCUGGAGCCUUUCAAGGAUGAUCACGAUAGUUCACCUUCAAAAUCAAAGGACAGGUUCUUUGUGUUCAAUGGAUUCCUUGUCAGUGCAAUGGCAUAGAUGAGUUCUGUCAUGGGCUCAUAGCUUACACAGUACUUCCAUACUGAUUAAACUGAUGUGAGUUGAUAUAAACUAAGUAAAUAACCAUUCUGAGCUUGUAAGACUACUGGUCAUUUCAUUUUAUUCUUGAGCUUUCAAUAAACCAAAAAAGAUGCAAAA